GGGAACGCUUCUUAAGCUUGGCCUUUUGACAGUACACAUUCAGGCCAGCCCGCUCUCGACCGCACAAGUGCUAUGUUGAAGGCUGCGUUGCCACGAAUUAUGAACGCUGCUAGCAUGUCUUGUGCAGCUACUGGGCUGCAGCGCUCCGGUCCGCUGGCGAUGAACGCUGCGACUACAUCGCGAACGGGGCCCGCUUCAGGGCUUCCGAAACAUUCCUGGGGUGCCAGUGCUCGACGAGCAUUUGUUGCACCUGCCACUAUCUCGGAACGGCUGCAGCCGAAGCUCUCGACGAAUUACUCGGUGGUUCUGCCGCAAUACGAGCCCACGGAUCCCUCGGGCAUCCCUGAGGUUUUCGGAAACGUGCAUUCAACAGAAAGCAUGAGCGCGGUGGACGGCCCUGGCGUACGGUUCCUGGUGUUUGUGCAGGGCUGCGCCAUGCGCUGCCUGUUCUGCUCCAACCCGGACACGUGGACGCUCAAGGGCGGCAACAAGACCAGCAGCAAGGAGAUCGCGGCGGACAUCAAGAGGGUCCGCAACUACCUCAAGCCACGCGGCGGCAUCACCAUCAGCGGCGGCGAGGCCAUGCUGCAGCCACACUUUGUGUCCACCGUGUUCCAGGAGGUUCACGCGCUGGGCCUGAACACCACUGUGGACACCACGGGCCAGGGCACCAAGGCCGGCAACUGGGACGUGGUCCUGCCGCACACGGACCUGGUGCUGUUCUGCAUCAAACACAUCGACCCCAUCAAGUACGAGGCGCUCACAGGCGAGUGGGGGGGCGGGCGGAGAGGGGGAGGGGAAGGGAGGGGGAGGGGCGGAGGGGAGUGAGAUACCAGCCCAAGCUAAAGCGAACCCAAUGCAAUAGAGCGAGGAGGGCGGGGAGGGGAGGGAGGGGAGGGGGAGGGAGAGGGGGAGGGGAGGGGAGGGGAGGGGAGGGGAGGGGGUCGAUGUGAGCAUGGCGGGCAACGGGCGGUUGGCACGCCGGGAUGCGCGGCAGGCGAGAAGGCAGGCGGGAGUGGAGGGCAAGGCCGAGAACGGAACAGAAUAAUGCAAGAGUUGAAGUGUAAAGCACGAGCAGCAGGCAAGUAAGUCUGGCCCAGCAGGGCUGGAGGUGGCGCCGGUUGUACGCAGCUGUUGCGCCGAGUUGGCUGCAGGAUUUUGUGUGGUCGAACUUGCAGAAGGGAGUUGUCAGAGCAUGUCGGAAAAGUUGUGCAGGGAACCUUGCGCGUUCCUGGGCAACGGCGCAACAAUGCCAUGCCCAGGAACGCGCAAGGUGCAUCGCACGGAUUUGGAGCUCUGCCAUGUCAAGCAGUGCCUCAUAUAUGUCAAAGUCAUUUAGGCGCGGCCCGCGAGGCCUAUGGCGUUGCCACAGCGGGGAGCGACCUGCGUUAGGGAGCGACUUGAAGCAGCUGUGCUCGUUAUCGUGCACGAAUUGUUGUUAUAACGUUUGUAUGUACUUAAAGACAUUGUGAAUUAUAUCACGGUGUCUAUGGCGCCGCGGCAAGAAAAUGCGAUGUGGCGUUACUGAGGGCGCGAUGAAGGCAGGUUCAGCUCGUUAGCCCCCGACAAGAGCUGAACUGAGCGUUAUGAACAUUUUGCCGCAUCGUAAGCAUUUGCAGGGACACUACGUUGUGCGCGACGACAUGCAUUUUAGUCGUCUUUCCUGAGGGGCGCCGUUUCGCGGGCUCUCUGUGCGGCUGUGAGCCUUUAGCUCUGCGAUAUAUAAGUUGCAAUUCCUCGCGGGGCGAAAGGCGCGGGAUUCAGGCGCCAACUUUGUUGGGACCCUGGGUCAUGUUACCUGCCGCAACGGUCUUAGGAUCUUAGGAUUGGGUACAGAUGGUUUACUGAUGGGCGUCUUAACGAUUUCAUUGGAUAGCGUGAAAAGCAAUCGGGGCACAUCCUCGGGUUGAGGGAUUUCGAUGGAUGGAAUCCCGGACCUGUCAAAGUCACCGCCUAAGUGCAGAAACGGUAUGACAAGACAAAUCUCGAUGAGAGGAGUCGAUUGGCACCACUUUUACAAUAAAUGGA